AUGCCACCCAUUCAAGGCGAGCGCCCGCGGGUGAUCUUGUACCACCAGACUCUCAUUCCUGGCGGGGGUCAAUAUGUGUCCAUGCUGCCGCUCCUCGAAAACAACACGGGGAUCUCGCAUGUUAUCAUCGCCGCAUUUCACCUGAAUGACCAUCCGGAGAACAUCACUCUCAACGAUGACCCGCCCGCAAACGCCAAAUUCGACCCCCUGUGGGCCGAGGUGCCCCUCUUGCAGCAACAGGGCAUCAAAAUCAUGGGCAUGCUAGGAGGGGCCGCCCCAGGCUCGUUUACACGACUCGACGGCAGCCAGGAUCAAUUCGAGCUGUUCUACACCCCUCUGCGGGAUGUGAUCCGGCGCCACGGUCUGGACGGGAUAGAUCUCGACGUAGAAGAGAGCAUGUCUCUGCCAGGUAUCAUCCGGCUGAUCGACCGCCUCAAAGCCGACAUGGGCGAUGCAUUCAUCAUCACCCUGGCGCCUGUUGCCGCAGCCCUCUUAGGCAUCGGCAACCUGUCCGGCUUUGACUACCGCGAACUGGAGCAGGCGCGUGCUUCCAAGAUCAGUUGGUACAACACUCAGUUCUACAAUGGCUGGGGCCCGGCCGAAGAUCCACGCAUGUAUGCUACCAUGGUCGCUCAGGGCUGGUCUCCGCGACGAAUCGUUUACGGUCUAUUAACGAACCCGGGGAAUGGAUCGCAGGGUUACGUGUCGCAGGAGAAGAUUGGACCAGUCUUGGCUACCUUGAUCGAGCAAUUCCCCAACUUCGGUGGCGUUAUGGGGUGGGAAUAUUAUAACGCUAUGCCGGGUGACCAGCAGAAGCCGUGGCUGUGGGCUGCUCAGAUGACAUUGAGCAUGGGUAUGAAGGAUGUGGUUAUGGCUGCUCGUCAACUGUUGGCUGGGCCGAUGGCGAGUACUCUCAAUAGUCUGUUUCAAGAUAUGAUGAACCAGAGACGAUGA